AUGCAAGAAAAAACACCUCUCUGUGUUGUAUCAACAUCAGAAACAAUGAAUGAUGUCUUUCCGGAAUGGCUGAGACUGUCAUAUGAUGGAGAACAUUACAGACCAUACGAUUUGAAUAUGCCGCUAUCAAUUCCUAAAAGACCCAUUUCUCAUUACAAAUUUGAUCCACCGAUUACUCAGAAUGGAGUGGAAUUGGCUAAAUGCGUCGCUGAUAACUUGCUUCAUGCACAUUUUCAUCCAAGCACGAUUUAUUCUUCACCUGACUUAGCCAGUAUUCAAACAGCCUUUUCAAUAAUAAGUGUUUUCAAAAAUAAAGAUUUAUCAAUCAAAAUAGAGCCGGCGAUAAGUCGUUGGAGAGGUUUGGAGCCAAUUGAAACAACAGAUAGGUGGAUGAAUGUUGAAGAUCUCAAUGCACUAGGAUAUUCUGUUGAUUCUACGUAUAUUCCCCAAAAAUCCGUUAAAACUCUAAAGGAUUCAUCACAUGAAAGCAUUGAAGAUUAUGUCAAUCGCAUCAGAGUUGCACUAACAAGUGCUGAAGAGCAAGGAAAAAAUUGCUUGAUGAUUGCUGAUCCAGCCACACUUUUAAUACUUCAAAACAAUAACUGCGAUUUGACAAAGCCAUUGGAAUUAACUAAGAAGAGACGACACAUUCUGCCGGCAAGUGUCAGCUUCAACUCUCAUAAGCAUGAGAAAAUGCUUUUACCAUUUACUCGAUCAGUAGAACAUGGUCGUCUGAUGAAAUCAUAA